AUGGCGGCCCAGAAAGAAGUCGACGUCUCUGUAGCCGAAGAACCCCGACCUAGCAGCAGCCCGGCCGAGUGGCUGCCCGACGCUCAAGAGGGAAACAACCAGGAGCACGACUUGCGUUUACGGGAUGCCAUCAAGCUGUAUCCCAAGCCCAUCUUCUGGAGUUUGGCCAUGUCGGCCGCCAUCUUCAUGGAAGGAUACGACACCAUGUUGAUGGGCAAUUUGAUCGCUCAGUCGACGUUUCAGAAACGGUACGGUGUCCCUGUUGGCAAGGGCAAAUACGAGAUCCCUGCGAAGUGGCAAGCCGGGCUGAACAACGGGGGUUCCUGUGGCCAGUUAAUCGGUCUGUUGGUAGCUGGAUGGGUCAGCGACCAAUUCGGCUUUCGCAAGACCAUGAUAGCUGGCCUGAUGGUCAUCGUCGCAUUCAUCUUCAUUCAAUUCUUUGCUCCGAGCCUCGACGUCCUCGAAGUCGGUCAGGUACUUUUUGGAAUUCCUAUUGGUCUAUUCCAGACCAUUCCUGUCGUCUAUGCAAUGGAGAUUGCUCCAACUUGCCUUCAACCGUACCUUACCACCUGGGUUAAUGCCUGCUGGGCAAUUGGCCAUCUCAUCGGCGCUGGCAUUCUUCGCGGAGUUCUGAGCAUCCAAGACCAGUGGGCGUACAGGAUCCCAUUUGCUGCUCAAUGGGUGUGGCCUGUCAUCCUGAUACCGCUCCUCACCUUCGCACCCGAGUCGCCCUGGUGGCUCGUCAGACAGGGUCGCCUCGAGGAUGCAAAGACCGUCCUGAGGGGCCUCUCGUCCAAGCAACAUCAAAAAGAAAGUCUGGACAUUGACAAAAAAGUGGCCCUGAUGGUCGUCACAACCGAGUACGAACGCGCCGUCAACGCCGAGACUUCUUACCUGGCCUGCUUCAAGGGCGUUGACCUGAAAAGGACCUUGAUCCCCAUCGGCAUUUACUGCAUCCAAACCCUCAGCGGCAACCCUCUCCGCGGGUAUUCGACUUAUUUUCUCGAGCAGGCCGGCCUGCCCAGCACGCAGGCUUUCAACAUGACCAUUGUGAGCUAUUCGCUAGCUUUGCUGGGAGGGUUCGUGGCGUGGAUUUUCCUACCCUUCUUCGGCCGCCGACUCAUUUACUUCUGGAGUCUGGUUGUCAUGCUGAUUCUUAUGGUCAUCAUCGGCGGUCUGGGCGUUCCUCAAGCACACUCGUCCAACACCUCGUACUCGUGGGCGAUUGGGUCGAUUUUGAUUAUUUCUUCCUUUCUGUACAACGCCACCAGUGGCCCACUCACCAACACCCUCUGCGCCGAGAUCCCCUCGGCCCUCCUCCGCAGCAAAGUCGUGGUGCUCGCCCGGUUCACUUACGCUAUCUCCACCAUCAUUGCCGGUGUCCUGACGCCAUACCAACUGAACACUAGCGCGUGGAAUUGGGGGGCCCGGACGGGCUUCUUCUGGGCCGGAGGCUGUCUGAUCUCGACUGUCUUUGCGUACUUUUGUGUCCCGGAGACCAAGGACCGGACGACUGCCGAAAUGGACAUCUUGUUUGCUCGCAACCUGGCGCCACGCCACUUUUCCAAGGCCCAGGUCGACUUGGUCGAGGCGGUUGUGGAGAAGGAUGCAACCACUAGCCAAGUCAAAGUGUAG